CUGACAGGUGAGUCCGCGGCACCGCCUCCGUGAGAGACCAUUUAUUUUAACAGAGCGUUGGAGAGAGCGAAAGAAAUUCGGAAACAGGGGAGGUGUUGCCUCGAUACCGAGAAACGAGAGAGAGGAAGAGGCAGAAACAGAAACAGAAACUGGAGUUAACACUGCGCCGGGGAGAGCAGAACAGAAACGGAGAAUGCAGCCUCCACCGAGAAAGGAAAAUACAACUCCGCCUCACUACGAGCGGCCUGCUGUGAGACUCCACACCAGAGCAAAAUAAAUACAUAAAGAAAAGCAACGAGACUCGCGGAAGAAUGGGACACUUCUUCUGUUAUGCUCGCGAAUGAACUAUUCUUUAGGUUAAAACGGCGAUCGUCCUUCGUGCUGAUCCCAGCCUUGUCGCACACCAGGGCGAUCGUCCUUCGUGCUGAUCCCAGCCUUGUCGCACACCAGGGCGAUCAUCCUUCUCCCUGAUCCCAGCCUUGUCACAGACCCGGGCGAUGCCAGAUCCAAUCGGGUUGAAGGAUCCUAAUGAAGUGUCAAGAUGAAGGUGACCCAGGAGGUGAAGGUGACCUUUGCUGAACAAGCGGCCAAACUUCAGAGCAAGCAGCAGCAGGAGAGUGAGCUCCUGGAGGAGAUCCGGUCCUUCAGUAAACAGAGAGCUGCAAUUGAGAAAGACUAUGGCCAGGCUCUGCACAGACUGGCCUCCCAGUACAUGAAGAGGGACGGGCUCCGUGGGAAAGGGGAGCCCAGUGAUAGCAGAAGUGUGUUCACAGUGUGGAGGUCCCUGAUUGAAGCCACUGUCCACACCAGUCUGUCCAGAGUCGCUGCGUCUGAGAACUACCGCGCCCUGACCAGCGAGACCGCCAGGACCCUGCGAGCGGCCAAGGAGCAGCGCGCCAAGAAGAGCUCGGAGCAGCUGCUGUGCAUGCAGGGUGAGCUGGUGGAGGCGGUGCGAGAACUCAGCAAGGUGAAGAAGCGAUAUUGCCAACUGGAGCGCAUCACUGAGCUCACCCGGGAUAAAGCCAAAAAGAAUGACUACGGGAUUUUCCAUUUCAGAACAAACCUGCAGAAGUUAAACACAAAGCUGAGCAAUCGGCUGUCUGAUUGCAACUUGCAGCUCACUGAGGCUCGUAACGAGUAUCUGCUGACCCUGGCCGCUGUGAACUCGCACCACGAGCACUAUCACAGCAAGGACCUGCCGGCUCUCAUCAAGGACCUGGAUGGGGAUCUGUACGAGCGGCUGAGGGAGCACUUCACCCUACUGAGCCAGACUGAGAUCGACAGCUGUCAGGCGACGCAGAGCGCCUUCGUCAGGGUCCUGCAGGAUUCCUGCCAGGUGUCCCGAGAGCACAACCUCCAGCUCUUUCUUCAGGAGAACCCUGUCUUCACAAAGGCACCUGUCUUCCUGUUCCAGGGGGCAUCCAGCGACAAGGCAUGCGGUCUGGUCCAUCAGGACAGUGCCCGUGGGGGGGAGAGCUGUCUGGAGAAGGAGGCGCGGAAAUGGGCGACCAAAGCAGCCAAGGACUAUAAAAUCAAAACCCAUGGGGAAAGGGUUCUGCAGAAGCUGGAGAAGCACAGGAAGUUGGUCUCUGAAGACGAGUUGGCAGGCGUGGAGCUUAAGAUUGAGGAGGUGAAGGAGAGCAUCCGCAAGGCUGAGGUGAGCCGGGUGAAGGCGGACUCUCGUCUGGCUCUCCUGCGAUUGGCCGGCGUGGAGACGGAUGCCUGGGUGACGAGCGCCAUGAGCCAGGCCAGCGAGGAGCUGGAGAGUGAGCGGCGGCUGAGUGAGGCACGGCUCUCCAAUGGAGACGUCUCGCCCCUGGGGGAUGAGUUUGAUUUCGACGAUUUCGAUGACGGUGAGAUUUUCACAGAGUCUGCGCCGAGCCCCUGCCCCCGCAGCUACCCCCUGCCCUGCCGGGUCCUUUACAGCUACCAGGCCUGCCAGGCGGACGAGCUGUCCAUCACGGAGGAUGAAGAGCUGGAGGUGAUAGAGGACGGAGACAUGGAGGACUGGCUCAAGGCUCGGAAUGCUUCAGGGCAGGUGGGGUACGUGCCCGAGAGGUACCUGCAGUUCCUGUGCUUGUCAGCAGGGGAUGGUGUGUCACAGAGAGUCCCGGGGAGCCCCCCCUCCGGGAGCUUGCUGGGGUCCCGGGGGAGAGGCACGCAGGCACGCACAGGAGGCCUGGCCCGGGCGCUCUACCCAUACUGUGGGCAGAGUGUGGAGGAGCUGUCCUUCCCGGAAGGGGCCGUGAUCCGGCUGCUGCGCUGUCGAGACGUCCAGGUGGACGACGGCUUCUGGGAGGGGGAGCUGAACGGAAGAGUCGGGGUCUUCCCCUCUCUCGUGGUGGAGCUGCUGGGAGAGGGGGAGGAGGAGGAGGAGGAGAAGGAGGGGGCGAAGGAGCUGCUGUCCCCUGGCCCUCCUCCCUUCUCCCCCCCGGUCCCCAUCCUUGGAGCCUCAUCACUGCCAGUCCCGGGGAGUACGCCACCCAGGGGAGUGGAGGACAGGCUGCAGGGGAUUCCGCUGGGGUUGCUCAGGCGGCCUGACAGCAGAGCAGGCAGCGGCAGCAGUGCCCACAGCUCCCCCGAUCACUCUCCCCGGCGGGCCAGGCCGGUUCGUGCGCCCCCUCACCCCCCCGGACAGCGCCACUCCCCCAGCCCCAGCUCUGACGAGCACUUUGUCUGAGUAGAACCUGCCUGCCACAGCGCAGCCACACAUCCACCUCUCCCUGGGCUGCGCUGCACACCAUGCCUCUCAUCUCCUGUGUGCGCUGGAUAGUCGUUCCAACCCUGGAACUAGAGAACUAGAAAAUCUAGAAGAGAAAUUCCCCGCUCAGUUUUCUUUGGGGGAUUUUCUUUUUCUUAGGAAUCACGUUUAAUAUAGUUAAAAGAAGAUUCUACUUUAUUAUUAUUAUUAUUAUUAUUAUUAUCAGUUUAUUUAUUGUAUUUUCUGUUCCAUCUUUAUUCUUGCAGUGUAGUUUUGACCUCCUGGCACAAUCAUACCAGUCCCUUGCAGCUGGAUGUGCAUGUGUAGCUCUGUGGGGCGGCUGCCACACUUGUCUCGCAGUUUUAUUUAUUUUAUUGGCAUAAAUAGUAAGCAAUUGAAAUGCAAACCUACACAUAGUGCUCUACCAGAACUUGGUCAUGUUGUUGUUGUUGUUGUUGUUGUUGUUGUUGUUGUUGUUAUUAUUUUUAAAUGAAAUUAUUUUAAUUUUGUUUGCAGUUUUAUUGAAUUUUUUUUUUUCAUUUGAAUGUUUCCCCUGUGUGUUGUCAAUGGGUCUGUCUCAUUUCAAAUUGUUGCACUGCGCACAUGCCUGCGUACCCUGGUACUGUGAACCGUGGACGUGUUUUUGCAAUGUUCACUUAUGGACCCGAUCUCAGCCUGUGCUCUGAUUUAUACAGGAAGCCUUUGUCAGUACUGCUCUUCAGUGACACCUGCUGGACAACUUCAGAACUCUCGUGUGUUUCUUCAUGUCUGGGGAGACUGGAUCACGCUUUUUUUGUCAGUUGUUGGCUUCUUGCUGAAGUACAGAGUGGGAA